UUCCUUUUCCUCUUUCCUUUUCCUUUUCCUUCCUUUGUUUUCAUCUUCGCCAGAUCUCGAAGCCGAAAAUGGCGACCCUCGAAUUCGCCGGCGACAAAAAUGGGGCGCACACGGAGGAGGAGCGUUCGCUGGAGGCGGUGCCGCGGUCGAUGUCCGGCGAGCGGCAGAAAGUGGCGCUGGUCACCGGCAUCACCGGCCAGGAUGGGUCGUACCUGACUGAGUUCCUACUCGGGAAGGGGUACGAGGUGCACGGACUCAUCCGGCGGUCGUCGAACUUCAACACCGCCCGCCUCGACCACCUCUACGUCGACCCUCACAUCGCCGCCAAGGCGCGGAUGAAGCUUCACUACGCGGACCUGUCCGACGCGUCCUCUGUCCGCCGUUGGGUGGAAACCCUACUUCCUGACGAGGUCUACAACCUCGCCGCGCAGUCACACGUCGCCGUGUCGUUCGAGAUCCCCGAUUACACUGGUGACGUCGUCGCCACCGGCGCGCUCCGACUCCUCGAGGCCGUCCGCUCGUCCUCCCGCCCUGCUCGCUACUACCAGGCCGGUUCCUCUGAGAUGUUCGGAUCCACCCCGCCGCCACAGUCCGAGACCACCCCCUUCCACCCCCGCUCGCCCUAUGCCGCCGCCAAGGUCGCCGCCCACUGGUACACCGUCAACUACCGCGAGGCCUACGGUCUCUUCGCCUGCAACGGGAUCCUCUUCAACCACGAGAGUCCCCGCCGCGGUGAGAACUUCGUGACCCGCAAGAUCACCCGUGCCCUAGGCCGCAUCCGCCUGGGGCUCCAGACCAAGCUCUACCUGGGCAACCUCUCCGCCUCCCGCGAUUGGGGCUUCGCCGGCGACUACGUCGAGGCAAUGUGGUUGAUGCUCCAGCAGGACCAGCCCGGCGACUACGUCGUCGCCACAGAUGAGUCCCACACCGUCGAGGAGUUCCUCCAGGCCGCCUUCGGCUACGUCGGACUAGACUGGAAGGACCACGUCGUUAUCGACCCCCGCUACUUCCGCCCCGCCGAGGUCGACAGCCUUAAGGGCGACUCCACCAAGGCCCGGCAGGCACUCGGCUGGAAGCCCAAGGUCGGAUUCCACGAGCUCGUCAAAAUGAUGGUGGAUCACGACCUCGAGAUCGCAAAGAAGGAAAAAGUCCUCGCCGAUGCCGGAUACAUCGAUUCCCAGCAGCAACCCUAGGCGACGCCAUCGACGGAUCAACUGAAACCGUAAGAAAUCGAUAUUCUUCUUCUUCUUCUUCUUUGAUAUUGUUCUACUUCUUAGAUCCUCGAUAUUGUUCUACAUCAAUCGAUACUGAAUCAUCUUAGAUGCUAAAUUUCCCUUUCGAUGCAUCAAGCAUGUUGUCUUGAUUCAUUCUACGGCUCCAAAGUUUCAAUAAAAUGCAAUUGUUUUGUUUU